UAUGAGAACAAGAAGUAGAGCAAUUCUUGGAUUUGUGUUUUGAAAUUAGCGGUAAACUUGAUUUCUACAAAGAAUAAAGAUGGCGGUCUAGGUGCACUCAAGUUGGUCUUGGUGCCAUGUAAAAUGCAUGUUUAGAUUGGAAGAUACCUUUCUAUAUAUUUUCUGUUCUGUGGUGUCCAAGUGAUUUUGCAAAUCUUGGCUUGGAUUGUUGGCUGGUAGUGCAAUCUAAUAUUAUUAUAGUUUAGUAGUUUAUUUUAUUUUGGCACAAUAUUCAUUUGGAUAAAAAAUACUAGAAUGGAGUCAGAAAUCAAGGAAGAAAUUAAAGCAUUCCUGAAUGCUCCAAUGGAUAUUGGCAGAAGCGCCCAUGAAUUAUCCAUGAAGGCUGAAUUAGACUAUGAGAAUCAGUCAAAAAUGUCCACAUGUGACCAGAGAACAGACAGCCAAUCACCAGUCUCAGAGCACAAUUCAUUGAGUGGAGAAUCAGAUUCCAGGUUGACUAAGGCCAUUGAUAAAGAAGUGUGUGGUGUUAGAAUAGCUGAAGUUGUAUCAUUAAGGUUGGAGGAUUCGUUUGAAGGCUGCAAUCAACAGAAGUUAUGUCCAUACCAGAUGGCAACAGUUACUGUUAAAAAGGAGGAGGAGAAGGAGGAGGAGGAGGAUAGCAGCCAGCAACCAGCUGCAGUGGAAGAUGAUUGCAGCCAACAACAUUAUCUAAUCCCUGGCUACAACAUGAUCUUCAUCAAAGAGGAUGCAUAUGACGAGCAAGAGGCUGAAGAAAGUGCAGUGAAGAGCGAACCAGAGAUGUGGCCUUCAAACUGCAGCACAUCUGGCCGAGACUAUGCAACAGAAGUGGGUGGACUGAAUGAGCAUUCAAUCUCUCCAGUGGAAAAGUGCACUGAGUCAUCUGUGGCUGGCAAAAAAACCAAGCUCUACAACUGUGCUCACUGUAGCUAUAAAACACCAAGGUUCACUGAUUUGAAGACACACAUUAGAAAACACACUGGGGAAAAACCUUUCAGAUGCGAGUUUUGUGAAUAUAAAUGUGCUGAUUCAAGUGGUUUUAGAAAACAUAUCAGAACUCAUACAGGAGAAAAACCUUUCAGCUGCAAGUUUUGUGAAUACAAAAGUGCUGAGUUAGGUAGUUUGAAAACACAUAUCAGAACACAUACUGGAGAAAAACCAUUCAGCUGCAAGUUUUGUGAUUACAAAAGUGCUCAGCUAGGUCAUUUGAAGGUACACAUUAGAAAACACACUGGAGAAAAACCUUUCAGCUGCGAAUUUUGUGUUUUCAAAAGUGCUAGGUUGGAUGAUUUGAAAGCACAUAUCAGAACACAUACUGGAGAAAAACCUUUCAGCUGCAAAUUUUGUGUUUUUAGAAGUGCUAGGUUAGGUGAUUUGAAAGUACAUAUCAGAUCACAUACUGGAGAAAAACCUUUCAGCUGUAAGUUUUGUGACUAC